AUGGCGCGAGAUGAAGACAAGUUGCCCAUCGACCUGGCGGUGGAGCUGGAACGUGCUCGCAGGCUGGGAGAUCGUUUCGACGGUGGGGAGGAUGGCAGCGGUGAACUUGCACGAGAACAACGUGCCAGGCGUUUGAGUGCCGAGUUCCUGAACCACGUGAGCUUGGGCAGUUUGCUGGGCAGAGCCACACAAGGCAUCGCUCAGCUGGAGGAGAGUCUCGAGCUUCAGAGGCAAAAACAGCUGAAGGCGCUUGCAGCCGAAACCUUUGUUGAGGCGCCACCUGUCGCCCCCAGUCCAUUGGAACGAAAUCUACAGCGGACCUUGGAUGACGUCACUGUCAAGAACGUCUUGGACUUUCGCAACACCACGGGUUUGUCCGCCGAGGCCACUGCAACCUCGGCGGUCUGUGCUGUGGCCAAUCUGGAUGACACGGUCCAGAUGAGUAUUCAUAGCCUGAAUCCCGACAAGCCCUGGGAAGGUGCUAUGGAGGUGCUGAACAAACCCGGGCACUUCAUCAACACAUUGCGUCGCUUUCCUCAGGCAGUGUUUGCCAAGAAGGUUUCAGAGGAGAACAUCGUGGCGGCGCGGCACUUUCUGCAAAUGGCGCGGCGUGGAGCCGAAGAAGCCCCGCCGGAGGUGAAUUGCAAGAUGAGGGACUACAAGCCUCUCCGGCCCAAUGGGGAGGCCCGGCCCUUGCGCACUGACCGCCCAACGCUCUUGAGUCCACGGGUGCCAAUGGUGCAGCCUGCUGCUGCAAAGGCUGCAGGUCGAAGCAUUCCAGUCCGACAAGUUGGCUCCGUGGCGGCUCCGCCCGGCGCCCCGCGACGCAUGGCGAUGGGACAAGGCGAAUCUUGUGGCCUUCGUUCCUCCAAGAGCCAGGAUGUUCGCCCCGCCACUGCCCGCGCCGCCAGCCCCGCGCAGCCACGGCAGGUCUCGCCGCGGCCGGCACCCCGCCGGACCGGGCAGAGCCUCACAGCGCCCGCCAGCAGACCUGCGGCCGUAACCCCCACCCCGCCAGCGCCGGCUGCCCGGGGCGUGCGGGAAAGGAGUUUGGGCAGCAGCCAACGCAAUUUGGCGAGACCUCAAACUGCCAGGGCCGCCAGACCUCAGAGUGCUAGGAGAACUCAAACUCCGACGGUAAGACCACAGAGUGUGAGAAGAUCUGAUGGUGACACGCUGGGUCGAAGCCAAUCUCGAGUUUCACCAAGGCCUACAAGGUCCUCGAGCACGACGCUGUCGUCCCGUGGGACCCUUGGGACCUCCAAGAGCGCCAGCCAGUUGAUGCGCACUGGUAGCGGGACACCAGGAUCUCCUGCAACAGCCAUGGACUUGCCAUCGGUGGAGGAAUUGAAACGAAUGAUCGCAGAAACUAAGAAGGAGGUGCUUGGAAGUGCUGCUUGGGGGUGCGCGAAAUCCGUGCCGCGGGGCCCUGAGAUCACUGUUACGACACCAGAAAACAUCCAGGAGCGGAAGGACAAGCUGGCGCAGACGAUUGCCACCCAAAGUGAGCUUCGCGAAUGGCGCUGGAAGCAGGCGCGCUGU